CCGUUUAAACCCUACGCACGCAGAGCCAAAAUAAGCAAAAACCCUAAGAAGAAAAACGAUGAAACGAGUUCUGCUUAGAAAUCUCUGUCCCUACGCUCGUACUCGUCUUCUCUCUCCUCCCUGCUACAAUCCGGGCCCUAGAUCCCAACUCGCUCCACUCGCUGCUUCGACUCGCCCCAGACUUCGCUUCUACUCGACCGAGUCUCCAUCGCACAACCAAGAGGAUGAUGUUAGUAAUGAAGAGCUGAAAAUGCAAAUUGACAAGUAUUUUCGAGGGGAUGAGGAGGCCAUACCAUCAAUCUUUGAAGCAAUUUUGAAGAGGAAGUUGACGGGGAAGCAUGAAGAGGAUGAUAAAAAGCUCAUGGAAGAAAUUCCCGGAAAGAGGCAGGAGGAGCCACUGAGUGACAUAGACGACGAACAAGAGACUAAAUCUGAUUUUGAUGAAGGCUCUGACAGUGAUGGGUGAUGAAAGCCAAAUCCACGCUAUUUGGCCAAAACAACAAAGGCAGACAUUUACGCUAUAUAAGGAUUUGAGUAAAUUGGAGGAGUCUUUCUUUUCUGAGAAGAAAUGAAGAGCUCACAGUCACAGGCCUUGUAACAAACAAGCUCUCUAGUUUCAAAUAGGAGCAGUUAAAUUUCUAUCUUGUGUUUGUUCAUGUGUUUGUGGAUGUGGAUGUUUCCUUCAUGUGGUGUGGGUGGGUGGGUGGAAGAAGUUCAAGGGCUUUACUAAUGCAGAAUACUAAACCCAUUGACGUUAAGCUUAACAUUUUGUUGUGUGUGAUGUGCAUUCAGAAAAGCAGACUUGAAUGCUUCCCAUCAUCUGUUCUUGAUUUACUGUGAGGACUGAAAAGGGUCAAUUAUUAGCGUGCUCCUCCUCUUUGCUUA